AUGGCCGCCAACAUCUGCAUUGCCGAUGGCACGACUGAAAAUGCCAAACCCUUUCGCCUCCUCGAACUCCCACCAGAGCUCUGGUCUAGAAGUGGAAAGAUGGCAAUCGAUGCCGAAGCAGAUCUCGCAACCCUACGCGUUGUCCAACAGCCACCAAUCUCCUGCAUCAACCAAGUCUUGCGUUCGGAGUUGCUUCCUUAUUACUACAAGACCAAGACCGAGCUGCACUACAAGCUGUGGUGCGGAGAAGGGGCCCUUGUGGAAAAGUGGCUCCGUGCCAUUGGGCCAGUGCACGGAAGCCUGAUAAGUGGCUUCAAAGUUCAGGUCUUCCGACGGAAUCGACUGGAGAAGCUCAGGGAGUACGUGAAGGACCACUGGACAGAGGACGACGUGAUUCUCACCUGUAUCAAGACUGGAGAGGCACACGACACGUACGAGGUCCGAUUCGGAUGA